CUGUACUAUUUGUCGGGACCCACAUCUGCCGACCUCUGCCCAAAAGUCAUCAACUCAUAAAUCCCUCGCAUCUCGUGAAGGAGCUUGUGGUGACCCUGACUAGUGUUGUUGACUCGUUGAAGGGAACAUACAAAGAUGAACGGCAAGGUAGAAACGCAUAGGGCGGCCGUGGUCAUACAACAUGGCACGCCUCCCAAGAUCGAGGUCCAAACGCUGCCCAAGCCGAAACCCGGACCCAACGAUGUCCUCGUCCGGCUGAACCUCACCUCCCUCUGCGGCACGGACUGCGGGCAGGCCGCAGGCCACCUCGGCCCGACGCAGCCCAUCCUGGGCCACGAGGGCAUCGGCCGCGUCGAGGAGCUCGGCAGCAACGUCUCGUCCUACGACCCGACCAUCAAGAUCGGCCAGCGGGUGGGCGUGGCGUGGACGCGGGACUUCUGCGGCAGCUGCGCGUUCUGCACGAACCUCGCCCAGGACGGCGAGACGCGGUGCGCCCUGAAGCCACACUCCGGGACCGCCGUGAAUGGCACCUUUGCGCAGUACACGCUCGUCCCCGCGCGGUACCUGCUGAGGAUCCCGGACGACCAGUUCGGCGACGUGGCGGACGAGACUGUCGCCCCCGUGCUCUGUGGCGGUGUCACGGCGUACAAGGCCAUCAAGUCCAUCCCUGGCUUGACACCAGGCCAGUGGAUCGCCGUGAGCGGCGGCGGAGGUGGUGUGGGCGCUUUUGCCGUGGCCUUUGGCAAGGCGAUGGGUUAUCGGGUUAUUGCGACUGAUGCAGGCGCUGCCAAGGGGAGCUACGCGCUCGAGGAGGGUGCCGAGCACUACGUCGACAUUACUUCGCCAGAGGUCGUCGCCGCCGGCGUGGGCGAGGUGGUCAAGGGCCUGACCGGGGGGGUGGGAGCACCUGCGGUCAUCGUGUGCGCCGGCGCGCCGCAAGCGUAUCAGUCCGCCUUGGAUAUGCUGGCGCCUUUUGGUACGCUGAUGUGCAUUGGAAUAACACCCCCUGAAGGAGUCUUCAAUAUACACCCCUUGAUGUUCAUUGCAUCUGGGUGGAGGAUUAUGGGCUCUUCCGUCGGCACACGACGAGAUACGCUUGAAGCGCUGGAGUUCAUCAAAAGAGGCCUGGUUAAGCCCAAGGUGCAGUGGGCCGAGUUGGAUCGGUUAGCCGAGCUCAUGGAGGAAGUUGGCAAAGGAAAGGUCCAAGGGAAGUACGUUAUAGACUUGGAUAAAGCCUGA